GAGGCUGGUACAAUUGCAACAUUUAGAAGGAUGGGUCCAUGAACAGGAAGGGUUUAGUUGGCUAUGGCCAAGUGGAACCGCAUUGGGUUGGGGUGUGUGGUCGACUUGGACCGAAGGGUCUGUUUCUCUGACUCUCGGGUAGCCAAGAGGACCGGGUCACGUCAGCUCCAGCUGCGGCUGCACCACACGCCAGCAGCCCCUAGGAGGAGAUCGAGGGACUGCCUUCAGACAAGUCUUUGAUACUUCCCAGACGCUGGAGGCGAUUGGUGGGUUGCAGCAAGGAGUCUGCAACCGGGAUCUCAGCAGCUGCAGCGGGCAGGCGGGGCUGCAGUCCGGGGCACCCUGCGGGUGAGGGGGAGAGACAGAGGUGGGGAGCGAUGCAGAGUUCGAGACCACCCAAGGACCAGGACUGUAACCCGACAUCUGAUUCCACUUGAUUUAUCGUCGUGCCCACUCGCGGUGCAAAGUUCCAGCCUGCCAGCGGUCCGUACAGACCCUUCCCCUUCCUCGAAGGCACGUCCCGCGGUGCGGGGGAGGUCGGCCGGGCGGAGGCGAUGGAAAGCGGGCAGCCAGAGAAAGCCCCCGAGGGCCGGCUCUUGCACCUGACGGCCAAGGUGCAGCUGGCCCACCGGAUGAUGCGCGGCAAGGGCCUGCGGAGGGCGCCGUCCUCCCGCACGCUGGGCUGGGUGCGGGCGGACGGCGGGCAGCGCCAGCCCACUGGCAGGAAGAGGGCGGCGGGGCGUAAGGCCCAGGGCCGGAGGCCUGCCCGGCGUUGCUCUGGCUGGUGGUGGUUGUGGCGGUGGUGGACGUGCCUGGACGCCGAGAGCCGGGCGAUCCACCUGCUGUACCUGCUGUGCCUGACAGUGGCGCUGCAGGCCUACAACGCCUACGAGAACCUGGACGACCAGCUCCUGGCCUACGACGUGGAGGAGCUGGAGAAGACGCUGCACCGGGAGCUGCUGGGCCAGACGCUGGCCGUCAACAGGCUGACAGGGCUGCUGCGGGCCUACCUGGCCACAUACAUCCACCGGGGCCCCCUCUUCCUCUCCGUCCAUGGCCCGGCUGGUGUGGGCAAGAGCCACCUGGUCAGGCUGGUGGCCAAGCACUUCAGCUUCCAGCUAGGCCCCGGCCUAGUGCUGCUGCAUUCAGUCAGGUACCAGCAGCAGCUGCAGUCGCCCGGGGGGCACUCCGGCCUAGCUGCCCACGUCUCGGACAUCCUGUCCCGGGCGCGGGUCGCCCACCGGGUCCCGGUGCUGCUCUUCGACGAGCUGGAGUUGGCCCCCUCGGGCCUGUUGACCUUGCUGGGCGGCCUGCUGACCUCCAACCGCACGGCCGGAGCCGUCUACAUCGCCGUCAGCCGCCUGGGGCAAGAGCGCAUCGUGCGGUCCUUCCGGGCCCGGGCCGGAGGGGGCGGGCACCGGUGCCUGCAGAGGGUCAGCAAGGAGCUGGAGGGGCUGAUGGGCCGGCUGCACCCGUUGUGGAGGCUGGCGCCCCACGUCAUCCCCCUGGCGCCCCUGGACCGGGCCCACGUGGCGAGCUGCUUCGAGCGGCUGAUGGACCGGGAGGGGCUCUACCCGCAGCCACACCGGGCCAAGGCCCUGGCCGACGGCCUGGCCUACUAUCGGGCUGGCCGGCGGCUCUACGCCCUGCGGGGCUGCAGCCAGUCCCUGGCCAUGGUCAGGCAGCUGGCCCAGGAGAGGAGGCCGGAGCGUCUCGGGAAGGCAGUCAUCCCCUGGCACCAACCACACGAAGGGGCGGAUCCACUCCCCACCCUCAACCGUUCCUCAGUGCCCACCAGCCAUCCUGCCCCCGCCACUUGAGGAUACGGCUGAUAUUCACGCUGCUGUUCUGCCCAUCUCCUCACUCCUCCCACCAGCUGGUCAGCGCUUCCGACAAUCAAUAGA